UGAUGAUCAGAAUGUAAGAAAAAACCUAAAUAGCAAGCACAGUGAUUUUCAGAAAUGCCAAAGCAGUGUGCCUGUUUUGGAGCAUGGGAAAACUGUUCUGGCAGCAGAUGGAACUGAUAAACAAGAUAUGCAUAGUACAGAUUUCUCAGGCUCUGAGGAGGAAGGGGACGGAGAAAAUGAGGAUCAAGGCAUUUCCAAGCAACCUGAGACAGUCUCGGAGACUGAAAGUAGUUCUGAAGAGGGUGAUGAUGUCAUCUUUCCUACUCAGGUUCAACCAGUGCCUACUAAAAAAGUUGAAAUACACAGGUCAGCAUCUGGAAAUUGCCAGGAGUUAGCAAAAGAAAAAGCUGGGUUUGUGUUUCAGGGAGCCAGGAGGCAGUUUGGGUUCCACAGUACUGAGUCAUCUUUUGAAGAUGUUGAGGAUGACACAGGUUUGAAAGGAGCAAGUGACAUAAGUGAUGAAUCCGAUGAUAUUGAACUUUCCCAUGAUUCUAAAUCAAGAGAGCCAGGAUCUUUCAGCUUUUCAAAACGCAAGGAAAGAUGUGCCCUUAACCAUGAACCAGAUAAUGACUCCAAAUCUCUGCUACAAGCAAAGAAGCCCAGUAGAAAAGAAAAGGAAAGUGAUUCGCAGAAUAUAGAUGAAUUUUCGUCCUCUGAAGAUGAUUUUCCAUCUGAGAAAACUGAGGCCAGAAAGCAAAGCCAUAAGUGUAAAAGACAGAGAGGCAGAGUUCAGUUUGGGUCUAAAACGCUGCGUCCUGUUCAAGAAUCCUCUGUUGCACAAAUGGAGUCUGGCAGUUAUGCUGUGCAUAGAAAUUCUGCAAGAAAAACUGAAUUUGAGCAUCAAGAGCAAAAAAUGGAAUCAAUGGACAGAUAUUUAGAUGGUGUUCAAGAGGUGGCAUAUAUCCAUUCAAACCAGAAUGUGGUGGGAUCCAGCAGGGCUGAAAAUCACCUGAGCCGGUGGGCAGUGCGAGAUGUCUUUGAGCUGAAGCAGUUUUCCCAGCUUCCUGCUAAUGUUGCUGUCUGUAGUGCCAAGGAAAAGGAUGAAAGCCCAGAAGACAACACUGCAGAGAAGAGCAUUAUGAAGGGAGGGCAAGAAAUGCUGAGGAACAGUAAGCAACAUCAUCUGUAUGUCAGGCAUCCUGUGACCCAGAGAAAGAAAAAAGUCUUCAGAGUGGGUUCAACCACCUUCCUGAUUGGGAAGACUCCCAAAGGAAUACGCAGGACACAAUUUGAGGAAAUGGUAUCCCACUUCAAUAUGGGAUCAGUGAAGGACCUUGCAGAACAUAUUGCAAAAGCUACAUCAGAAACAAGGCAGAAGAUGUUGAAGGAAUUCUAUGUUUCCAGGCAUCCAGAGCUGGAGUCCUUCCUCUCAGUUGAAAUACCAGCACGAGAUUUAUGUGACCGUGAGGAAGGAGAACCGGGCACAGCACACUCCAGAAAAAGAAAAUCCAUUGUUAAUUUUGGAAGAUCCAAGUCUAGGCCUUCAUCAACUGAAGGACUAUUUCUGAGCAGGACUACAGAGACACAGGCCCAGCAGACAUGUAAGGGAGGAGCAGAGAGGCUUCCCAAUGACUGCUGCUCGCAAGAUGUGUUUGUUGAUGCAAAAUGUAAACAGUCACCCACUGUUGCUGCUCAACAUAUCGAAAGGAGGAACAGUCAGGCAUUCAAGGAUUUUAUGGCAUCUGGCUCAUUAAACAGUAAAUCAGAGGUGCUGCCUGUAAAAAGUUGUGAAGGACAGCAGGACUCAGAAGGAACGCAGCUGCCAAAAAAAAGAUCCCUGUCUCAGUCAGAAAACGGAGAGAGACAAGCUCAGAUUUACAAGAAAAAGUCUUUUACGGACUUACUUGGGGAUACCUCUAUUCUCAAUGACCUCUUCAGAAAUGAUGGGAGUGGGCCUGCAGGGUCACUGAGGAGAUUCUCUUCAGGGCAAGUAGAAAAAUCAAAGGGGAAACCAAAAGAUUUCUGGGAUAUGCUGAAUGAGCAGAACGAGGAGAAGCUCAGAAAGCUCACGGACAUAGCAGUCAUAGAGAAGCUGUGUGAGAGAGCACCUCGUCCCACAGUGGCAGAAGAGACAGAGGUGUGUGAAGGUUCUCUUUGGAAAAGAAAUGAAAAUUUUCUAUGGAAAAAAUACAGUGCAGGUGAUUCAGAUGAACCGUCCACUGCUAAAUCUUGUAAUGCAGUAAAAUGAGAGCUUUCUACGUGGGUUGCACUUUAAUUAUUUUAGUUGAACACUGAAGAACUUCAGCAGUGGGGAACAAAACAUUGUAACUCCAUGAAAUUAAAGGCCAAAUGAUGAAUUUGUAUCUAUAGUGAGAGAAUUACAUUUUACAGGUGUGAAUAUGUAUGUAACAACAUAUGCAAAUACAUAUGUAAUUACAUAUGCAGUGUAUAGUACACAUGGGCAUAGUGAUCCAUAUAGACUAUAUAUUGUAAGCUUUGAUAUAUUAAUUUUAAAUUAAACUUUUUUUAGAAUUUUCUGAGUGCA